GUUGUUGUUGUUGUUAGAUUAGAGGUAUAUAUAUAUAUAUCUGUUUGUGAGAAUAUAUAAUAAUAAUAAUUGUAUCGUCCGGUAUAUAUAGAUCCCCCAUGGAUUCGGAUUCUGUGUCGGAUAAAUCAUGAUCAGCAGUAGCACCCAUGGAUUUGGAUUCUGUGUUGGGUAAAUCAUCAUCACGAGCAGCUAUUGAAGAAGAGAAGCACAAGAAAGGAAGGUGUGAUCGAUUUGGUACUAAAAUGACAGAUUCCACCAAGCUUAAAGAGAUGGCUUUGAAUAGCUAUUCACAGCUAACUAAAUCUGAACAAGUUAGUUGCAUAUUAGCAGCUUGCUCCACAGUCUAUACUCAGGAGUUACAGUUUUCUUGGUCCGCUGAAAAAUUCCUGCCCGAGGGCGACAUAGAGGCGGCAAAAACAUUGGCCCUAAAGAUGGCCAAGAUUAUAGGCGAAGACGCCUCUGCGCUCCAUGCUCGUAUCGAAAAGCCUAAAGUGAAACCAUGCAUAUUGAAUGACAAAAUAAGAUAUCAAAUGCUCGACAGAUAUGAAGAUUUUUUGAAGAGGAUGGAGGAGGUGAAGAUGCAUCAGCGGAAACUCAAACUCAAAAAUAAAUCUGAUGAUCAAGGAGCUAGUUCUGUAACAAAGGGCGAUCAAUCUGAUGGCCAAUAUAGAAAAGAAAUGCUCGCGAAGAAGGCAACAGAGAAAGGAUUUCCAGACUUUGUUUGGUAAUCGGGGCCGGAGGAUAAUUGAAUUGUCUUAUGCUUUUGUGUGUUAAGAAGAUUGUUAAUUUUUAUUAUGGUGGAGAAUCAUGGUCAUAUGCUUUUCUAUUAAGAUUUUUAAUUUAGUUUGCUUCCUUCUAUUUAUUUGGACUAA